AUGGCUCGAUACUGGCAGCCAAAUUACGGCAAUAUUUUUGCUAAUGUUGGGCCAUUGUUGGGCCGUGUUGGAAUUCGCCCUUGGCUGGAAUUGGACUUCAAGGAACGGUUCCCCGAAUCCAAUCUUUGGGUAUUCUCCCACUGGGAGUCUUUUUCUCAGAAAGUGAAGGCGGAAUUAUCCAAAAUUGGAAUCAAUUCUAUUGAGUCUGAGGCUGAGUUGCUACACAAUUUUCUGCAACUUUUUUCUAUCUGUCCCGUUAAGGGAGGCAAGAAAGGAAAAGCAUGGAGACCUUCCAGACCUGAAAUUUUGCAAUCAUUUCUGUUGCACGUUCAGGACAUGUCAGCAUUUCCGAAGGAGCUGGACAGAAUUACGAAGACUGCGUUAAAAUACGGGUCCACAGUGCAAUCUUUUCCACUUUUGGUUGGAAGAACUCUCACGGAAUUGCGAUCAUUCUACGUAGUGAUAGAUGAUUCACCAAUUUCGGUGGAAAGUGUAUUGCGAGCUUUGGAAGUAACUUUCAAGUCCUACUUCGCACUGCACUGUGAGUAUCCACUUGAAAGCCGGAGACAGUGGACAGUGCUCCAGAAAACACUUUUCCAACUUGAUAUACCUUCUGAUAAAGUGAACCCAAUCGCUAACCUCCCAGAAGUGAAGAGACUUAUUAAAAUUUUAAAAUACUAAGUAUAAGCCGAAUUUAGGACUUUAAAUAGAGCAUUGAAAAUUUAUGUUUAUAUAAGAGUUUAUAUAUUAAAUAUUUUAUCAAAAUGUUUCUUUGUGGUGA